UUUACAAAUAAUAUCUGUGAAAGCGAAUAUAAGAUAUAGUGUUGGCUAUUCGAGACGUAUAACCUCGAAUAUUUUCUCAGUGCCAAUCUUGAAAAUUCACUGUGAUUUCAUAUAAUAAAACGAGUGGUGGAAAGUAAAGAGGACAUAGUUAGGGUAAAACAAGAACCUAACGUUACUUGGCCAGAAGCAGACGAUGAUUAUAAUUUUUAUUCGAUGAACUCUUGUGAAGUCAAAACCUUUAAAACAUUUAAAUCAUCGGCAAAUCACGCGGGUGAGGUUAAGGAAUUACAUGAAAAGUUGGACCAAAAAAUAUUCGUAGAUUUCGAGUGCAAAGAUGUUAAAUUUGAACCAAAAUCUUUUUCGACAAAAAUCUGCAAAACUGAAGAUCCAAGUAAUACACCAGUUGUGAAAAUAGAAAACCAAAACCAGACAAAUUAUUUGAAUGAAAUAUUCAUUGAUUUCGAGUGCAAAGAUGUUAAGCCUGAAUCGAAGUCUUUAUCAACAACCAACUGCAAAACUGAGUAUCAAAGUUAUUCCACAUUUGUGAAAAUUGAAAACCAACUGCAGACCAAUUAUUUGAACGAUAAAAGUCCGUUGGCAAAACAAGAAUUCAAUCAUGAUGGUAGUUGCCAUAUACCACUCAAUUUUAGAUUAAAAUGUAGUAAGUCUAGGAUGAUAAAAACAUAAAAACAUUUAAAAAAACAUCUCGUACCAAAUUAUCUUAUGAGUGUAAAAUGUGUCGAAAAACUUUCAAACUCAAAGAGAAUCUAAAAAGACAUAACAACACGGCACAUAAGAGCAUCAGACCAUAUAAAUGUGAAAUUUUUCAUGCGUCUUUCAAUUGUCAAAGUCUUCUGAAACGUCACGUCAACUCAGCACAUAUCAAGCCCUUUAAGUGUGAGAUGUGUAAUAAGACAUUUGGAGAUCAGUAUAACGUUAAAAGGCACAUUACGUCGGUACAUAAACAAGAGAAACCCUUUGAAUGUGACAUUUGUCAAAAAUCAUUUGAGCAAAAAGAUAAUCUUAAAACCCACAUAAAUAUAGUACAUAAUCAAAUCAAACCAUUUGAAUGUCAAAUUUGUCACAAAUCAUUUGGAUACAGCAAUGUUCUCAAAAACCACAUAGAUUCAGUACAUAAUCAAAACAAACCCUUUGAAU